AAGUAAAAUAAUGCUAAUUUUCUGAUGACUAUAUUUAACACUUCAUGUCGAUUAGCGCAGUAUUAGCUUAAUAUGUUAUAAAUCGAAGUUGUGAAUUAUAUCUGUUAUUUUUAUUAUAAAAUGAGUUAUACUGAAGGUUUAGAGCAUAACAGCUGUCUAAUAUCAGGGCUUUCAUGUAUAAUUUUAACGAUUUCUUAUGUCGCGAGCUUAUAUAUUUGGAGGUCUAAAUUUAACAGAGACCAUCCAAGUACAAUUAAAAAGAGAUUUUUCAGUGUUAUUUGUAUGAUGCUAUUAGCUCCUUUCUUCACUUAUUAUUUACUUGACGAGAAGAUAUUAGAAAAAGCAAGUAUUUAUGAACAUAUGGGUUUACGCAUAUCAGGAAUGUUAUUAGCUUCAACAGUACCACUGUUUUUAACUGCUACAUUGUUUUUGGGGCCUUUGACUAUGCAAUUUUUUGGAGGAACAUUUAAAUUGUAUGCAGAACCUAUGUACUGGUUGUCAUGUUGGCAAGAUUUGGUCUGGUUGCGUAACCAUAUAAUGGCUCCUCUGAGUGAAGAAUGGGUUUUCAGAUCUUGUAUGAUGCCAAUAUUAUGUCAAUGUCUGAAACCUUAUAAAGCUGUGUAUAUCGCGCCAUUGUUUUUUGGAGUUGCUCAUUUUCACCACUUAUUUGAGCAGAUGUCGAGAGGUGUUCCUGUGAUGUCUGCAUUAUUUGUUUCAUUGUUUCAGUUUUCCUUUACAACAGUGUUUGGUGCAUAUUCAACCUAUCUCUUCCUAAGAACUGGACAUUUCUUUGCUCCGCUGAUAGCGCACAUAUUCUGCAAUCAUAUGGGAUUUCCUAAUUUCUUUGAGAUCAGCCAAUAUCCUAUGAUGCAGAGGAUUGUUAUAUUAGUUAAUUUUGUGCUUGGAUUAAUUCUAUGGAGUUAUUUGCUAGUACCAUUGACAAGUCCAUAUAUUUAUGACAAUAGAUUGUUAUUGUUGACUUGAAAAUAUAUUUAGUUUCAGUUAAAAAUUGUUAUAUUAAUUUUUAUGUGACAUUUAGGUUGUGAUAGCACUGUCAUAAUUUAGGUGAUUAAUUCAAUGUCAAUUGUGAAUGUGAUGAACACCAAAUAGAAAAAAAAUAUAUAAAAUAUAUAUCAUUGUAAUUGCAAUUGUGCGUAUUGUGUUAAAGCAGUAUGAGUAUUGUAUUGAAAAAUAUGGUACCGAAUGGGAUUUUUUUUAUAUUUUGGUACUGUUAAGAGACUCCAACCAAAUGUCUUUGGUUUAUACAAGUAAGAAAUAUCGUCGAAAUUGUUGUCUAAAUCCUAACAGUAUUACAUGAUUGUAUUGUUAGUUUAAUAAAUAAUUAACUAAUCAACGAAAUAAAAUUAUGUAAUAAAUACAUCUCACAUAAUGAUCGCGUAUGAUCAAUGUGGUUUAUACAUAGCGGGUACUUAUUAUGUUUUAUCCGACAUUUUAAAUGUGAGAUGAUAGGUUAUCACUGUACGUACCUAAUUGUUUUUAGAGAAGACGAAUUAUUACACUCUAGAAAUAUUUUUUUUUCCAUAUUUUAAUCGACAAUCGUGAAAUGUCUUUAAACUUAGUACUUGUUUUUAAUUGUGUGACUUAUUUUUUUAAUUAUUUUGUGCCAUGAAAUAAGUACACGUCCAUAUUAAACUAGUUAUGUUUUAUAACUAAUUAUUAAAUAUACUUCGUACAUUUGAAUGUUUCGCACAAUUGUUAUGAUACACAAAUGAUAGUUUCAUUAUGAAACGUGUAGUUUAUGUAUAUCUUUUAAGGAAACGGUUUGUCAUAACUUAGAUAUAAAACUCAAUAUUCGCGCGUGUAUUUAUAUUUGAUUCUGUAGGAAGGUAACAACUUUAAACAAUACUAAAAAACAUUGAUGUGGGCUAGGUUUAUUAAAAACUCGGAUCCUUUUAUCGUCUUAUUUGUGGUUAUUUUUGUUUUCUAAAAUAUAGCAAAUAAAUAUUCUUUAACAGUUGCAACUAUGUAAUUAAGGACAAUAUUAGAAAAGAUUUUGUGCUUCCUAGUUCCUACUAUUUAUCAGUCAGCGUACAUUUACUAUCUGUCAACGGCUUGCUGUCACCGCGCGAAUAUUAGCUUUUAUACCGAAUUAAGCGUGUGUCUGUCACUUUUUUUAAUAAUAUGUAGUUUAAAUAUUUACCUAUAAAUAAAAUGUUCCUAGAAGCAUCGACAUAAUAUAUUCUUUUCUAUACCAACUUUUCGACAAACUAAAUCUGAAAUCAGAAAGGAUUAAAUGUCGUCAGAUCGAAGUAUUCGUACGAUGAAAUAUAAAACUAUGCACGUAUAUAGGUAUGUAUUGACAAUAUUUUGUGUCGUCAAAGAAACCGGAAUCUCUACCUCUUCUCUAACACAACAGAAAUCUAACUUUUAAAAUAUAUAAAAACUGUGUUUAAAAAAUACGUGUAGAUAACAUGCGUAUUUCUUAUUUUAAAUGAAGUCACCAGACAAUAUUUACCCUUAUUCCCCCGAGCACUAAAAUAUACAUUUAUUUUGAAUUGAAAGCUUUCUAAUCAUACUUAAACAUUAUCCUGUUACAAUAAAAUAAGAAAUUAAUAUAUGUAACAAUUAAUAAUAUUAAAACGUUGUUGACUAAACCUCACAA